AUGUUUUGUGGGGCUGAAAAUAAUAAUAUUGCAAGAACGAAGACAGGAAAUACGUCACCACCAACAACAACAACAACCAAAUCAAACACAAUAACAUCAAGAGAACAAACUAAAACUUCUGGGACAGGACAACCUACGUCUGUUUCGCUGACAUCGACACACGUUUCAACCCAAACUGAAGCCACCAGCAUCACCAACUUGACGACGGAAGCUGCUACAACAGGAACGCCACACCGGACAACCGUCAGCGAUUCGACGACUCUUACUGAUAUUUCAACCAAUCAAUACACGACUUCACCUGUCAGUACUGCUGCAACCUUGACAUCAAUCAGGGUCGAUAUCACCAACGACUCAACUACCGAGGAAUCAACUACAAAAACGUUAGGCCUACAGACAACAACAGCAGCCACAACAACAGAAGGAAAAUCAUCUACGCAUACGACAAUCUCAACAGGAGAAAGGACUAGUACAGAAUCAUUACAGACAACAAACACGACAACAGAAGAAGGAGAAGAAGAAGCGACUACAGAAUCAUUGCAGACAACAGAAGAAGAAACGACUGUACCUGCUACAACUACUACGGAGAUUACUGAACAUCUCAAGACUGUAGCAGAAACUACAACCCCGGCCUCCACGACACUAGCCGCUGACCAUUCAUGUGUCGGGAGAUGUGGAUUUGACGCAACCAAACCAUGCCAGUGCAAUAGUCAAUGCUUAACGCACGGAGAUUGCUGUAUUGAUUACCAGACUGCAUGCCCAGGUGGAUCUUCCUCGUGCAGCUCACGUUGUGGCCAAUCUUAUGAUCCCGCUAACCCAUGCCAGUGUAACAGCCAAUGUGAUUCGUUCAACAACUGUUGCCAUGACUACGAUACCUUAUGCUGAAAUCAAUAUACGGCACCCAUUUUUUGUCGCAUCAGCAUUCAUUCACAUGUUGUAUAACCAUGCGGAAUCAAUAGAUUUGCAAUCUGCUCGAAUUAAGCAUUGUUGUAACUAGGAUAAAUCAAUAUGUUCUUGUUCAUCUCGAUAAUAGGGCAUUGUAGCAAUCAUUUCGCAGACGCUUUCUAUAACGCAGAGAAUUUUUUGUUAAAAGCCUUUCAUAACAAAGCAGCCUUUGUCGAAAAUCGGUGAAUCAAAACAGCAGAGUCGUCCUGUACUCUGGACAAACGGCAUUUUGCAUUUUUUGUUGUCCGGUCCGAAUCUUAAGAUGCAGUGCUGUCCCGGUCCACCAACUUUCGACAAUGACCCUCAAUCUGUCCAUUGUGAUUUAACGGGCAUUUUCAAUAGGUUCUGAACGUUGCAGAAAGCGUCUGCGAAGUCGAUGCUGAAAUACGCUAAUUUCCAUACAAGGAAACGCUUUCACAUUGAUUUUUUUUUAAAGAAUUAUAAGGAUGCAUGAUUGCUUUUCGUAAUUCAUCUUCAAUUUCCCUAUUUUCCCUUUUUAUCCUUUUCUCGAAUUCUCAUUAAGCUUUUUUUCUUCUCGUAACAUAAACAAGAAACACGGACUAAUUUUAUUAUUAGACAGGCCGCAUAGGCGAGCCUGUGUUUAGAAUGUUAUAAUAUUGUGUUAAACGUAUAUACGUCACAGGAAAAGUUUAAAAAAAAAA